AUGCUAGCCGCACACACCGCAUGUCAUCCUACCUUCUACUCCCCCUCAGCUGUUCACAACGCUGCCCUUUCCUACAUAUCCCUCCACUCCCUCUUCAAGCCCUCCGACCCCUCUCUAGUCAUCCUUGAUGCAAUGCUCUGCAAUGCACUGUACAAAGGCGGCAGCAGGAAGAUGAUGCGGGUGACUGGCACGGAGGCUUAUCUGGUGGAGGCUGACCCGCUCGCUGCUGAGCUGCAAAAGAAUUUUGCUUCGAGCACGACUGUGGCUCAAGUGCGAGGCAAGAGAGGGCAGAAUGAAGUGUUUAUUCAAGGAAGAUUCUUGGAUAAGUUGUCUCAAUUGCGUGUGGAUUCACAUGGCAUUCCAAUCCUAUGUGACAGCUAUUGA